UAGGGUACCAGAGUCAGAUUACUGUCAGAUUUUGGUGGCCACAGGGGUGUCUACAUGGCUGCCUGCAACAUGAGGGUCCUUGUGGCGAUGUGUGCUUUCAUUCUGCUCCUCCAGGCCUGCAAGUGCCAGGACUCCAUGGACAGUUACACAGGUCCAAGGGUGCGUCUGGUUGAUGGUCUAAACAACUGCUCCGGGCGAGUGGAGGUGUACUUUUCGGGUUACUGGGGGUCAGUGUGCGAUUACGGGUGGAACCUGCCGGACGCUCAGGUGGUGUGCAGGGAGCUGGGGUGCGGGCAUGCAGUGGUCUCCAAUAUUCCCUGGUGGUUCUUCUUUUGGAGCUGGUUCUGGUCGAGUGGGCGUCCAGUUUUAAUGGACGGGGCCGCCUGCACUGGAAACGAGACGUCUCUCCUUGACUGCCCCAGGGCUACUCCGCCAUCUUGGUGGUGGUGCCUGCCGAUAUAUUCUCCCUAUGUCUACUGCACUGGACAGGGAUCAAGUGAUGAACUAAAUGUGACGAUGACGAGAGUGGUGGGGGGGAGCAGUAACUGCUCCGGGAGGCUGGAGGUGUUCCAGGGCGGGCACUGGGGCACGGUGUGUGGUGACCACUGGGACCUGAACGACGCCGUGGUGGCGUGCCGGGAGCUGGGCUGCCCGUCUCCCGACCCGGGGGUACUCGGCUCGGUGUUCGGCAGCGGCUUCGGCGCGAUUCUCCUGGACGACUUGCGCUGCACCGGCAACGAGUCGUCUCUCUUCCACUGCCCCUCACGAGGGCUGGGCGUGCACAACUGCGACCACACCAACGACGUGAGCGUGGCCUGCACCGGUUCAAACUCAGAUGAGUACAAUGGCACUCGCGUGAGAUUAGUAGAUGGGGCAAACCAAUGUCAAGGCCGGGUGGAGGUGUACCUGGCAGGCCACUGGGGGACAGUGUGUCAAGAUAAUUGGGACAUCGUUGACGCCCUGGUUGUCUGCAGAGAGCUGGGCUGUGGGGUCGCUCUAGGGGCUAUGCAAUAUGCUCACUUUGGCGAGGGCACUGGACUCAUCUUCCUGGACAACGUGCACUGCACUGGGAGUGAGCAGUCACUGCUCGACUGUCAGUCCAAUGGACUGGGAGCCCAUAACUGUAUGCACUAUCAAGAUGCAGGCGUCAUAUGUGCAGGCCUCAACACAACAGAAUACAAUGGCACUCGAGUGAGGCUGGAGGACGGGAUGGCUGAGUGUGAGGGGCGGGUGGAGGUGUACUAUGAAGGACACUGGGGAACGGUAUGUGAUGAUUUUUGGGACAUGAACGAUGCUGAGGUGGUGUGCAGAGAGCUGGGCUGUGGGGCGGCUCUGGGGGCCAUGCAGUUUGCUCACUUUGGCGAGGGCACUGGACUCAUCUUCCUGGACAACGUGCAGUGCACUGGGAGUGAGCAGUCACUGCUCGACUGUCAGUCCCAUGGACUGGGAGUCCAUAACUGUAUGCACUAUCAAGACGCUGCAGUCGUAUGUGCAGGUGUAAAUGUAACAGAAUACAAUGGCACUCGAGUGAGGCUGGAGGACGGGAUGGCUGAGUGUGAGGGGCGGGUGGAGGUGUACUACGCUGGACGCUGGGGGACAGUAUGUGAUGAUUUUUGGGACAUGAACGAUGCUGAGGUGGUGUGCAGAGAGCUGGGCUGUGGGGUCGCUCUGGGGGCCAUGCAGUUUGCUCACUUUGGCGAGGGCACUGGACUCAUCUUCCUGGACAACGUGCAGUGCACUGGGAGUGAGCAGUCACUGCUCGACUGUCAGUCCCAUGGACUGGGAGUCCAUAACUGUAUGCACUAUGAAGACGCUGCAGUCGUAUGUGCAGGUGUAAAUGUAACAGAAUACAAUGGCACUCGUGUGCGGGUGGCGGAAGGGGCGCACUACUGUGAGGGGCGGGUGGAGGUGUACUACGCUGGACGCUGGGGGACAGUAUGUGAUGAUUUUUGGGACAUGAACGAUGCUGAGGUGGUGUGCAGAGAGCUGGGCUGUGGGGUCGCUCUGGGGGCCAUGCAGUUUGCUCACUUUGGCGAGGGCACUGGACUCAUCUUCCUGGACAACGUGCAGUGCACUGGGAGUGAGCAGUCACUGCUCGACUGUCAGUCCCAUGGACUGGGAGUCCAUAACUGUAUGCACUAUCAAGACGCUGCAGUCGUAUGUGCAGGUAUGGUGGCUUUUCUUAGUGAUCAAAUACUUUUUGUAUUGGCAUUUCACCAAGAUAUGACAGCUGCCAAAUGCCAGGCCAAAAUUCUGUAAUUAGAUCUGAAUCCAAGCAAUAUUAUUCAAGUUGCGUCUCCAAAACUGAUUUGCAGUGGGGCAAUUGCAAAAGGUAAGGAACCCUGAUAUGCAACCCCUGAAGACCCAUAUUAAUACCACAUACAGCUUCUGUCCCAGAGAAACUUACAGCUUGUUUUUAUGUCUUUCUUUUUGCGCCUUUCCGACCAUUUCAACAUGCCUGGCUCUCAGAUCCAAACUACGGCCCAAAGGUGCGGCUGGUAUCCGGGCAGAAUAACUGCUCAGGCCGGGUGGAGUUCAGUUACUAUGGCACCUGGGGGACGGUGUGUGACGAUGGCUGGGACCUGGCUGACGCCCACGUGGUGUGCCGGGAGCUGGGCUGUGGCCCCGCCCUGUCCGCGCUGGGGGCCGCUGCCUUCGGCGAGGGCCAGGGGCCCGUGCUGCUACACGACCUCCACUGCCAGGGCGACGAGAG